AUGGUAAAAGAUAGAGAUUUAAAACCUAUUCAUCCAGGAGAAAUAUUAAAAGAGGAAUUUUUGGAGCCUUUAAACUUAAAAGAGGAAAGUUUAGCCCAAGCCAUUCAGAUUCAACCAGCAAUAGUUCACCAAUUAAUUCAAGGUCAAGAGAAAAUGACCGUAGAUUUGGCUUACCGACUUUAUUUUUAUUUUGGAGUGAGUGCGGAAUACUGGUUAAAUUUUCAAAAAAAUUAUGACUUGGCAACUUAUCAAGAAUUAGCGGAAAAGGAAAUCAGAAAGCAAAUUCAGCCUUAUUUGCGAGAAGAGAAACAUUUAUAA